AUGUGCAUAACAUGUUGCACACUGGCAACAGGUAAUAGGUACCUAAAUACUGUUAUAAAGUUUCUGGAUAAUUACAAGAUUUUUGGUACACCUGGUGUGACAUUUGUUCGUCGUCGAGUAGGAGAAGAAUUCAAUCAGGAGUAUGUGGUGCCUACUUUGAAACAUGGUGGCGGUAGCGUAAUGGUCUGGGGCUGCAUGAGUGCUUCAGGAGUGGGAGAAAUGUUCGUGUGUGAGGGUCGCAUGGAUGCCACAAAGUCAUUGGUCUUUGAAGUGGAUGAGCUCUUCUGCAUUCCCCAGUCGGGCCUUUCGAGCACUUUGAGCUCCCCAUCUUGCUCUAUUUUGGCUCUGAGAGCUUCACGGUCGCCUAUAAGAUGUGGGUCUUCCUUAACGAAGGUCUCGUGUCUGAACACUCUCGGGGCUUCUCUGGUGUCUUCAAGGUGA